UUAGCAUGGCUACAGCCUGAUCACAAACACACUGCAGUGCAGCAGCGGAGAAGACAGGGACGAGUCAGCACCGCUUUUCUUCUCAAUUCUUCCAUUGUUUGAGCUUUGUUUUGAUCGACAUGGGGACGAGAGACGACGAAUAUGACUACUUGUUUAAAGUGGUCCUGAUUGGAGACUCUGGUGUGGGGAAGAGUAACCUGCUGUCCCGUUUCACCCGCAAUGAAUUCAACCUUGAGAGCAAAAGCACUAUUGGAGUGGAGUUUGCUACACGUAGCAUUCAGGUAGAUGGAAAGACAGUGAAGGCUCAGAUCUGGGACACAGCUGGACAGGAGCGUUACCGAGCCAUCACUUCAGCAUAUUACCGAGGAGCUGUUGGGGCGCUUCUAGUGUAUGACAUCGCCAAGCACUUGACCUAUGAGAAUGUGGAACGCUGGCUUAAGGAGCUGAGAGACCAUGCAGACAGCAACAUUGUCAUCAUGCUCGUGGGCAAUAAAAGUGACUUGCGUCACCUUCGGGCUGUACCCACUGAUGAAGCACGUGCAUUUGCAGAGAAAAACGGGCUGUCUUUCCUAGAGACUUCGGCUUUGGAUUCCACCAAUGUAGAGACUGCUUUUCAGACCAUCCUGACUGAAAUCUACCGGAUUGUGUCCCAAAAGCAGAUGUCAGACCGCCGAGACAAUGACAUGUCACCUAGCAACAACGUGGUGUCCAUCCAGGUGCAGCCUACUGAGAACAAACCAAAGAUGCAAUGUUGCCAGAGCAUCUAGCAGCACCCCCACCCACCUGCAACACCCCCUCCCCUCCUCUUCAAGACUGCUUUGGGUCUGAGAUGCAGCUGCACAACUAGUCUUGAGCACAGAGGCUGGUUCCAAAAGCUGGAAUCUCAAAGGGUCACCACCUGCAGUCUGGACUAAGCUCGUUUUGUUUCUUCCUGCCAUGGUAGGCUUUUAUAUUGCAGAAUUUUAAUAAUCAUUUUUGCCGGUCUUCACUGAAAUGUCUUAAUAUAUAAUUUAAUUUGCAAAUGUAUGAAGUUUGCUCAUGUAUGUCCCUAGUAGUAGCCCUAUUUUUGCUGUUGCGUCUGGGGUGGAGGGGAGAAACGUUCAGUAUUGGAGGUAUUGCUGUAUUUAAUGUUGUGAUGUAGAAAGAUGACGUCUCUGUUAAUAGAUGUUAGACAAUGAUUAGGGCUCAAAGACCACAGACUUCACCUUUAGCCAUAUCCAAGUAUGGUAUCCAUUGCAUGUAAUGCUAAGUUGCAGUCACUUACAAAGCAGAACUGCAUUCUUUAUUUCACCAUCAGGUCCAAGAGAAGAGGUCUUAAAGGUGGAGUUCACCCAAAAAUGAAGAUUCUUUCAUUUAUUCACCCUCAUAUUGCUUCAGUCCCAUGUAACCUUUAUUGAGGAGAAGAAAGCAAGUCAGGCAUGUUUGGAACAGCAUGAGGGUGAAUGAAUGAUGACAGAAUAUUCAUUUUUAGGUGAACUAUUCCUUUAAGCUUGUGGCACUGGAAUCAUCCAGAGCACAGUGCCUCAGACCAAUCCAUAGCUAAUGCGACUGCACCAUCAUGUGCAUCUCUUGCAUCCUCCUUGAGGUAGAAAAGUGGUUUUAGUGCCUUUCUUGAUGGAACAUCACAUGAGACAUUUCCACUUUCAUGCAUGUGCUUUAAACACCUCUACAGCUUUCCAUGCCAGUGCAGUAAGGCCUUCAUCACAUGAUGCUCUGCAGUGCUAUAUUUACGCUGUAAUAACUGACCCUUUCUUUGACAUAAAGGGAUAGUUCACCCAAAAAUGAAAAUUCUGUAAUUUACUCAUGCUCAUAUUGUUCCAAACCUGUAUGUCUUUGAUUUCUUCUGUGGAACACAACAGGAGAUGUUUGGCGGAAAGUUAGCCUCAGUCACCAUUCACUUUCAUUGCAUCUUUGGUCCAUACAAUGAAAGUGAAUGGUGAUUGAUGCUAGCAUUCUGCCUAACAACUCCUUUUGUGUUCCACUGGAGUAAGGUGAACUGUCCCUUUUAAACUCUGUUAUUGUCUGAGAUAUUUUAGAAAUUUUACUGCAUAUUUCAUUUUUUAAUAAACAGUAAGUGAUAUAAUGUGGAAAGAUUAUUUCUCUGCGGUUUAAAGCGUAAUAGAGGUGAAAGAACUUUUGCUUGUACUUCAAUGCCCACAAACAGGCACAAGUACUUCCUGGGCACAAUUGAAACUAAAUAACACUACCACAACCUGCUGAGUGUGAAGCAAGGGAAUAGAGACCAUUUUAGCUUGUCACUUCCUCUAAACAUACAAACACAUGUAACAUUGUUUUAUCACCUCCACCUCAAACCCAUUGUACUUUUGCAGGUCACGCUCUGUUGUUAAAGUAAGAACAGGAAAAAAACCAACUGCCCAACUGACAACCACAUCACACAAGAGCACUCUAGGGAAUAGACUGGAUACUUUCUGUUAUUGCACUGAUUGUAAAAUAUUUCCUAUUUGACUAACCGCACUACAGUUUAUGAUCUUAAGACCUGUAACUUGUAUUUAUUCUGUGGUAGUCACUUGAAUUCAGUUAGUAGCCUUUAAUCGUCGUGGCGAAGUGAAGGGACUGCUAAACGUUAAGACACAGUGUGAUAAUUUAUGAAUGUAUUAUGUGUUUUAGCCUACAACAGUCUUGUCCUGAUUCCAGCAGAUGGGGAAACUACCACAAGCUGUGAUGCUCAUCUUUGCUUAAUGGCUGUCUAAAAAAAAUUAUUCAGUGUGACAAAAUAUCAGUAAUGACUUAAAUUAUAUUGCAUGUUUUAUAAUGGUCACCACAGAUGUACACCUCAACAUCUUAGUCUGCAACCCAUAAGUCAUUUACUUUAAUUUCACUUUGGUUAUCGAUCCCUUUGACUUUAAUGACCGUAGUCCCAGGUAAAACAACAUAGUUCAGCAAGAGAAUUCUCAAUAGUACCAGAAUACAUUCCAGAUGGAAUUGUAUGCCCUUCCACCAGCAGUAGCUUGUGUUCAAACUCAAGUAAUGUAAUUACAGAAUGAUACAGAAUAGAAUGGACCAACAUUGCUGCAUAGGUGCAUGUGAAUCAUGUCAUGUUUUCAGCGAGUCACUUCUAUCCUAUAAGGUAAAAAUCUAGAUCUUAGAAUGAAAGCAGCAUGUUGAGGUAUUGUAUUACUUAUUGGCAUAAAAAGAAAAAGACGUGAUAUACAAGCGCUAGGGUCAGUUUCUGUAUAGUGUUUGGAGGCUUGCCACGUUUAGGACACUGACUCUGAUUGUAUAACUGUUCUUUAGAGGCAGGGGUCUCUGGUGCUAACAGAGGCCAGUGCCAAUGAUGUUAGGGUACAGAUGGCACAACUAUGACCUGCCCAUGCACUGCACAUAGCUGGUGUGACCUAGUAAGAUUAUCUGGAUAUUACUUUUCUGACUGUCACAUCUUUCACAUAUUGCCUCAAACACCUUAUUUCUUUUGUCUGCACUGUAUUGUGAUUUUAUUUUGUAUUGUUAUGAUAUACUAUUACUCUGUCCACUGUAAUUCCAAUUUAAAAGAGCAAAUAAAAUAUGUAGUUAUUUCAAAAAA